GCCCGGCCUCUCCUGCGGGGCGGGGCGCUGCACCGCAAGGCGCUUCCGCAAGUGUGGAGCUGCGGGAUGGCUACGCUGCUACUGCAGCUGGUGGGGCUCGGCGUGGCGCUGGUGGCUGCCGCGCUCAUUCUGGUUUCUGUUGUGGCGUUUAUAACUGCUACAAAAAUGCCACCAUGUCACCGACAUGAGGAAGAGAAAUUCUUCCUCAAUGCUAAAGGCCAGAAGGAAGCUCUACCCAGCAUCUGGGACUCACCUACGAAACAGCUGUCUGUUGUCGUGCCUUCCUACAAUGAAGAAAAACGGUUGCCUGUGAUGAUGGAUGAAGCCCUGAACUACCUAGAAAAGAGACAGAAACGUGAUUGCACAUUCACUUACGAGCUGAUCGUGGUUGACGAUGGCAGUGAGGACCAGACAUCGAAGGUCGCUUUAAAAUACUGCCAGAAAUAUGGAAGUGACAAAGUACGAGUGAUAACACUGGUGCAGAACCGCGGGAAAGGUGGUGCCGUUCGGAUGGGUGUAUUCAGUUCUCGAGGAGAGAAGAUCCUCAUGGCAGAUGCUGACGGAGCCACAAAGUUUCCAGAUGUUGAGAAAUUAGAAAAGGGGCUGAGUGAUCUACAGCCAUGGCCUGAGCAAAUGGCCAUCGCAUGUGGCUCUCGAGCUCAUCUGGAGAAAGAAUCAAUUGCUCAGCGUUCUUACUUCCGGACUCUUCUUAUGUAUGGAUUCCAUUUCCUGGUGUGGUUCCUCUGUGUCAAAGGAAUCAGGGACACACAGUGCGGGUUCAAAUUACUGACCCGAGAAGCAGCGGCCAGGACCUUCUCAUCUCUGCACAUUGAACGAUGGGCAUUUGAUGUAGAACUGUUGUACAUAGCACAGUUUCUUCAAAUCCCAAUAGCAGAAGUUGCUGUCAACUGGACAGAAAUUGAGGGUUCUAAGUUAGUUCCAUUUUGGAGCUGGCUACAAAUGGGCAAAGACCUGCUUUUUAUCCGACUUCGGUAUCUGACAGGUGCCUGGAGGCUCGAGCAAACAAGGAAAGUGAGUUAGUUUGCUGGCAGGGCUGGACUGCAUUCUUAUCCUACAGUCUCACGCAAUUUUACUUGAAAUCAAGAUUUUCAAUAAAACUUCGAUGGACCUGUUCUCACUAUCUGCCUUUGUAUGUUCUUAAGAAUUAACUGCUACGAGGAAACCACGUGAUGUCUUUUUUUAAAUAUUUGUGUCAUCAGUUAGAUUUUCUUUUAUUUAGCAGUCUGUAUUUUGGCUCCUGUCACUUAAGGUUCUGAGACGGACACUUGGAGACCAAAGACAGAAGCAAUUUUUUUUUUUAAAGGUACCUGCACAGUUUUUUUAUAAUCGUGAUUAAAUCACAAUCCUUUAACAGUCAUUUAAAAAUGAAAGUCGGCUAUGAGUUUAAAUAUGGGUUUCCCUGUUGUCAAAGAGACUUUAUUUGUGACUCAGAAUGCUAGGAAAUUGUAAUAAAGAUGUGAAUGCAUCUCUGUGCUGAAGGUGUUCACUCCCUUGCUGUCCCGUUCAUCUCCUACUUUGCCUGUGUAUGCUGUGCCGUCCCACCCCACAGCCAAAGGGGAACCUUUGGGAUUUACGCUCUGUGCAAAGUCUGUUUGCUCUUCAUCUUUUCCCUUACUUUUCAUUGCUGGCAUCGAACAUUCUUGGCAAUUCAGACAAGACUGUUCUCAACCCUUGGGAACCCUUUAUCAAAAAAAUAGUAGCUAAGGAAUGAUAAGUGUAUUUAUUUAACACCAGAAUUUGAGAUACUGUGAAAGCCAGUAAAUUAUAAAAAAUAAUAAAACAGAAUUAAAUGAUUUCUGACGUCAUAGGGAAUCUAAGAGCAGUUUAGGUCUGGGCAUGGUGAUAUACAACUUUAAAUCCCAGCACUUAGGAGACAGAGGCAUGCAGUUAUCUGGGUUUAAGGUCAGCCUGGUCCACAGAGAAAGAUCCAGGACAGCCAAGCUUAGGCAAUGAAGGAAGCCAUGAAAAACAGCUGGUGAAGAUCUAAGUGAACAAGGGGGCCAUGUCCCAGGCCCAGCAAGCAGCAGAACUUGCUAACUUGAGCAUGUGGUUUUGACUUUAAAGUCAAGAAUAGAAGAAAGGGGUUAUAGACUCUUCCUCUGUGACUAAGGAAAGCUGCUGAGCCAGGUGUGUGGUGGGUGAGCCUACAUGGAGGCCCAGAGAAGCCAUUGUGGGAAACUGAAGGUGAAGCCUUGGAGAUCUUGGAGAUCUAAGAGGUUAGAAAUACCAGAGCUGUGGGACAGCUGCUGAGGAGAGCUGCUGACAGGGAGUGGAAUCAGCCCGAGAGAAUGAAGUCAACAAAGCUGAAAGGAGCUGGAGAUCUGAAGAGCAUUUUGACAUCAGACCUGGAGAUGCAGAGUUUGGAGUUUGCCCAGCUGGCUUUUGCUCUUGCCUUGGUUCAGUAUUUUCUAACUGUGCUCUCUUCCCUAUGUUUUGGAACCAUAAUGUAUAUCCUGUACCACUUUAUGUUGGAAGUAUGUAAUCUGUUUUUGAUUUUGAUAUAGGGGAUUACACUUGAGAGAUUGAAUUUCAGAAGAGACUUUGAACUUUGGACGUUUAAACAUUGUUGAGACUGUGAUAGACUAUGGGGACUUCUGAAGUUGAACUAAAAGCAUUUUACAUUAUGUUAUUUAUGCCUACAGGCCUGUGGGGGCCAGGAAAUGGAAUGUGGUGGUUUGAAUAGGAAUGGCCCCCAUGGACUCGUGUGUUUGAAUGCUUGGCCCACAGCAAGUGGCACUAUUAGGAGGUGUGGUCUUGUUUGAGUAGGUGUGGUCUUGUUGGAAGUGUGUCACUGUGGGGUUGGGCUUUGAGAUCUCCUGUGCUCAAGCUAUGCCCAGUGUGGAGCAUGCCUCCUGCUGCCUUCGGAUCAAGAUAUAGAACUCUCAGCUCCUUCUCCAGCACCAUGUCUGCCUGUGUGCCACCAUGACAAUAAUGGACUAAAUGUUUGAACUGUAAGCCAGCCCCAGUAAAAUGUUUCCUUUCUAAGAGUUGUUAUGGUCAUGGUGUCUCUGCACAGCAAUAAAACCCUAACCAAGACACCACCCACCCUCCAGAGAUUAAAAAUUUAGAAGUCUU